UACUCCCUUUGUUGCUGGCGUGUAGAAGCGUCGGAUCCCAAGCUGUUUUUUCUUACGCAAAAAAGGGCUGGAAAAGAAUCCCAAUCCUACGCGCUGGCUGCGAAGUGGAAUCAUCAAUAGUUCCGCUUACGAAUCGCUUCAACGCAGCUGUAAUGGAAUCUCAUUUGCUGAACCGACUGUGACUCGUGCCUCAUCGGUUUACCGUUGGCUGCUGCGUUUGGAUACUUUUCAACGUGCGCUGAGAAAGAAAAUGUAAACACAGGAUCCCUCUUUCAUUUUAAAGCUAUCCUGAGAGGAAGGUAAUCAUUUCGUCAACUACAAGAAAUCUCCAUCUAACACGCAUGGAAGGUGUUGAAGCAUUGACGAAAUUGACAAUACUUACUCAACAAGAGUCCAGCAAUGAAACAUCUUACAACGCAACGGAGGUUGAAGACAUGGAAAAUUUCACGAUUUCGGAUGAAAACCAAAAUUUCACAGUUGUCACAGAGUUUAUAAAUCGGACUGUGCCAGAAGUACCAUUUUACCUCAAGUUCCGAGAUGAACCGUGGGUCAUUCCACUUGUUGCUUUUGCGUUAUUCAAUGUGGCCGCCAUUAUGAUUUUUGAGAUCUAUGUCCUUUACAAAUCUUGUGGUGGAAGGCGGCAUUUAUUUCUUGGGCAGGUUCUUUUGCUGGGGCUCUUCUUAUCAUCUGUCCUUGGACUCUUGUACGUUCCAGAACCUCACUGGCUGUUUUGUGGAAUUACUCGCGCUGGUGUUGGUAUAGCCUACUCUAUUGUGUUUGGGACGCUUCUGGUAAAGUGCAUUUUCCUGUUAAAAAUACAUAAUGGAGUAUAUUUCAACGCAUCCUUCCAAGCACUUAUGUUGUUUUUCAUAAUCGCUGUGGAGAUUGCUAUCGUCACUCAGUGGCUGGUAUAUGAACCACCCAACGUGACUUCUCUGUCUUCUUCUCAAGUGGUGUGUGGCAAAUCCCCCUUAGAUAGAAUAUUCUAUCUGAGUUACGUGAUGCUUCUGUUGUUUUUCGUGAUCAUCGCCUCCAUCCGGGCUAGGUCCCUGCGAGAAAACAACAAAGAAGCCGUUUACAUCGGUGUGUCCAUCGCCAUCGCACUUAUAUUAUGGGUAGCUUGGAUUUCUGUCGCCAUCAUUUUCGACAGAAGAUAUGAAGCUCCCGCUGAGGCGUUCGGUCUUCUUUGCACAUCUCUUGUCAUAUUUCUCCUCAUCUUCAUCCCCAAGGCUGUUCAUCUGUCGUCUCCCAGAAGCAAAAUGGGUACGGGAUCUACAGGUGGCAGCCACUCGGUUAUACACACCCCUUCCUUCCUGCACCUUCAGCCUCAUGCGGUAUUACCCAGCUCCACGCAGGGAACCCUCAUCAAGCAAUCUCAAGUGAAUGCAGAUUAUUGUCGAGGCUUCCCAUCACGACUGUGGCGAUAUGAUUAUCCAAGUUUCCAACAGAUGGAGCCACCACCUUCAGAUAUGAAUUCCAUGAAGAAGUCCAACGGGUCAUCGUUUAAUCAUUCCCAUUUAUAUUAAACUGGAACGAAAUUUCCUUUCCCUCUCUCUCUCUAUAAAUAUAAUGGGGCCCUUUUUGGAAAGCAUAGCAACCCGUCGCGUUCUGAUGAAGAUUGUUCGAAUAAUUAGUGACUCUUAUAAAAUAAAUUGAAACGUAAUAAUAGUUUGAAAGAAUAUUGAAAGGAAAUGAUUUUCUGUUGCUGAAAUGAAAAGUAAAUAAAAUAAUCUACAUUGCAAUA